GAAGCCAAGAUGGCGGCCGUGGAAGAGAGGCUCGAGGGAGGUGUUGGAGCACUGGAUUCGGACUCGGUCUCACCGAGACUGUCUACUCCGCCGCCGGAUCAGCCUCACCAGAACAAUCCGCUGUUAGGACUUCCCAUCGUGGCGAUCGAGGCUAUUCUUAAUUUCUUGUCCUACGACGAGAUCAGCCUGCUGCGCCUGGUCUGCAAGCGUAUGGAUAUGAUAUGCCAGCGCAUGCUGAACCAGGGCUUCCUCAAGGUGGAGCGUUACCACAGUCUUUGUCAGAAGCAGGUUAAAGCACAGCUGCCCAGGCGGGAGUCGGAGAGAAGGAACCACUCACUUGCCCGCCACGCGGACAUCCUGGCUGCUGUGGAGACACGUCUCUCUUUACUAAACAUGACCUUCAUGAAAUAUGUUGAUUCCAACCUCUGCUGCUUUAUCCCCGGCAAGGUCAUUGAUGAAAUCUACCGUGUCCUGCGCUAUGUGAAUUCCACACGGGCGCCCCAGCGAGCCCAUGAGGUCCUGCAGGAACUCCGGGACAUCUCCUCUAUGGCCAUGGAGUACUUUGAUGAGAAGAUUGUUCCCAUUCUGAAGAAGAGGCUUCCUGGUGCAGACUUGUCUGGGCGCUUAAUCGGCUCGGCCCCAGUGGCAGGCCCCUCCUCUUCCCUCACCACAAUGUCCCUGUUGGCCAAGAACACACCAUCACGCUCUGAGAUGACCAAGGUGCAGCAACAGGUGAAGGUGAAUGGGGCAUCCAUGACGACACUGCGACGAGAGAUGACGGAGGUGCGAGUUAAGCAGCUGGAGCAGCAGAAACAGCUACAAGACCAGGAGCAGAAGCUGCUGGAGCAGACACAGGUUAUUGGGGAGCAGAAUGCCAGGCUUGCCGAGCUCGAGCAUAAGCUGCGUGAGCUGAUGGACAGCGCCAGAGGGGCGUCUAGCUCCGUCCCAUCCUCCUCUACCGUUGCAGCUACAGUGGCUUCUGCCGGAGGCCCUGUGAGCAAUCCUGAAAAUCCCAACAAAAGAGCAAGGAAGAGCUCGGACUCGCCACGGCAGUCCAAACGCCUGCGCAGCAAGAAAUAAGACUUUUUCCUGUUAUUCAUGUUAUGCUCCUCCCAUGCCCUAUUUUUCUUUUUUCUUCCUGGACACAGUAUUCAGAAGGGAGUAGUGGGAGGCAGGCAAGUAUGAGGGGAGUUGGCAACCUGCUUUCUCUCAUUAUCUCUCUUUUGAAACUCCCUGUCCCAUCCUACUCCUUAAGCACACACCAACUUCUUGACACGCUGUUUGGCCUAACCAUCCAUCGUUGUGAUACGUGUCGGUCCCAUGUUCAUCAUGCCAUGAAGUACAGAUGCAGAAGAACACAGCCCAAAGCAUGAUGACCCACAAGGUCACACCAACUACCAGGGUUGGUGCGGGCUGCUCUGUGACUGUUAUUAGCCAAUAACGUAUAACUUAAUUGCUGGGAUGUCUUGUCUAAAUUUACUGGGGUAAAGUGGAGGAUCAAGAGGUAGAUACCAUAGAAUGCAAAGAACAGGGACUAACCCCUGCACAUGUUUGUCUGUUUGGUGCCACUCGACAGUCUUGAAAUCAAGAUUUUUUAAAAGCUCUGCUUUUUAGCAGUGAUUUAUUUGUUAUUUGAAAGAAAAUGUUUUGUGAGGGAAGUCGUCCUGAAAAGCAACCCUUUUGUUCUCUGUAGCAUUCAUAUCUUGUUGGACCAUAGAACAAGCCUUGGCCUUCUCUUAAAAAAAAAAAAAAAAAAAAAAAUUGGAGAGUUGGAAUUACUGAGCAUUGGUUUCUUUUUUUGGGUUUAACAGGAAUUGCUGAAUGCUUAUGUCCUUGAUAGAAUGCUUUGCUUGACAAGUUAAUGACAUUUGUGGGGAGUGGGCCAGAGAAGCUGCAUUUUAUCCUGGGAAAAUUCAGCAGCUCCUUGUUACAUAUCCGAGAUUUUCCCAUUUAAUAAGAUGGUGCCACGUAAAUGGAUUUUUAUUACACGUAUUGGAAUAUGGAUUUAAAAAAGUUGGUGCAAUAAAUGUAAGGCUGUAGGCA